GCUGGUCAAAAGGAACAAUCGGCCACAAAUGGAAAUGAGCAUAUUUACACUGAAGCGGUUGAAAAAGAUGAAAAAAGUAAGUUUAAUAGCGACAUUGAAGUUAUUGAAAAAGAUGAAACAAAGUAAUUUUAAUAGCGACAUUGAAGUUAUUGAAAAAGAUGAAAAAAGUAAGUUUAAUGGCAACAAAAUGACAACAUCUAAAAUUUAAAAAAAAAAAAAAAAUAUUUCAUUUAAUCUGAUUUGUUUUCUGUCAUCUUAUUUGUUGCUAUUUUAUUCUUUAUCUAAGUUAGUACUAACUCUCUACACAAAAAAAAUUUACUGACUUUAAUCAUUAGAUGUUGCCUUAAUUUUUUAAAUUCUGCCUAGGCUGCUCAUUGACAAGUGCAUGUUGUACACGGAAAAAAGGUGAAAUAUUUACUAAAAAUGUUAAAAGUUGAAAUCCAAAAAUAAAAAGGAUCUUUUUGCAUUCUGUAUUAUAGAAGUUAUUUAUUAAAGCAUACUUUGGCACAUUUUGUAGUUUUUUGUGUGUCUUGUUUUUUUUUCUUCUACUUAUUGAAUAGUUGGAUAUAUUAUAAAACUUAAAUUACAUUCAAGCAAUUUUAGUUUUUGUUGUACUGGCAUAAGCUGAAUCAUUUGAAUAUUGUCUUUUAAUUAACUAUAAUAUUUUAUAUACACAAAUUGUUAAAAAAAAACAUUUUCUUUUUGCUGAACAAUACAGGGAAAUAAAUUUGGUAAAUAACAAAGAAUGGAGUGCAAUAAAACUAUUUUAAAUUAUAUUGUAGUCCAUGUACAUAGACGCAUACAUUUUAAACCACUUUAAGCCACUCAGCCAUAAUUUAGAAUUUCAUGAACAGAGUUAUGGACCUGCUCGUGGCAACAUUACACACCCACAUGCUCACAAAACCAAUUUUAAUAUCCUUAUCUACUAAAAAGUUUAAUUAAUAAUUGCUCUAUAAUUUCACAGAUUUCUCUGAUGACCACGAAUACAUUGAAAUUAUUGAAACUCCAUUGAAAUAUUCCAAAUGUAAGUACUACUUCCAUUGCCGACAGGAUCAAAGAUGGCAGUCAAUAUAAUUUUCUUGUUGUCAUGAGGUUUACUGGAAGAGAUGAGGUGGCGUACAUAUGGAAUACAUAUAGUGAAAAGAUUUGUUUAAAUAUAUGCAGUUAAAAACCAUACUAUUAGAGCCUAUCCUAAGAAUAUCUGAGAAAAUGUAUUAUUUUUCAGCCCGUUAUGACGAGAAUCACGACUACAUAGACGUUGUGGAACCUCCCAGUGAAACUUUUAAAAGUGAGUCAGGCCUACGUAGUUUAGUGACAGAAAUGAAAAUGAUUAUAAAACAGAAGGCAAGUAAUUUUGCAAAAGAAGUCAUUGAUAUUUAUUUAAUGUAUAAAGAAUUACCCACAACCCCAUUUUCCCCCCAGCUUUGUUAUUGAAUUUACACACAAUAUGAUAAUAGGGAAAUGUUUAUAGAUUCACAAAUUGAAUUAAAAUUAUAAAUUUUUCAUAAUUAACUAAGGUAUUUAUUAUAUAGUGUAUGGUUUUCAAAACUUAUGUUCAUUCUCAAAUUACAUAACAUUUAUGAAUCUUACAUACUUUAAGUAGUUGUUGUCGUAUACUAGAAAUAACUUGCCAAACAAUGGUGGUGGCAGUGCAUGAACGUCCCAUCUACUCAAAUUACUCUCAACAAAUCAUGCAUUCAAGUAACGCACUUUAAAAUAAUCCGAUUUAAUGCUAAGUUCAGGGAACUUUAUCUCACUUGCCCAUUGAACACAGAGUUACAGCCAUGCAUAGAGAGCUAAAGAAUUGUUAUUUUUGAUUGGAUUGGUUUAAAAAUGUAUAGGGGGAAAUGAAAAAAAAUAUGUUUUUUUAGAUGGAGAAUGGAUGAGUGAUCCAACCUUCAACACAGGUCAAUGACCCGAAUUCCACUAAUGGCACCUUAAUGUAAUUGUUAUUAUUUUUAUUCUAUUUAUACAGACCACAGCUAUGUCAAUAAAGAGGUAAUCAAGCGAAUUUCACAAGAACAUAAACGCAAGUUAAAGUCAAGCUCGUAGAUGGAAGCAGUCGGAAAGUAAAAAUAAAACUUUUCAAAGAGGAUAUCACCACAGAGCUUUGCUAUUUCUACCAGGGACCCGCUGGCACAUGGAAACCGAUGACGAACGGUGUGGUAAGAAAGGCCCGGAGGCCCGCCCCCCGCACACCGGAGAUUGUAACAACUGCCCAUCAAGGCACAUGACGAAUGCUUGUCACGUCGUCGUGGGCCAGCACGUCCAUGAUUUCUACCCUCGCUUCACCGUGGUACAGUUUCAAACUAUGCCAUGGAAACAGUACCCAUUAUUGCGAAUGAGAACUGGACAUAUGAGAUCUAGACAAAUGAGAAUUUGAAAUAUGAGAACUGGAUAUUUGAGAACAUGACAUAUGAGAGACUGGACAUAUGAGAACUGGACGUAUGAGAGACUAGACAUAUGAGAACUGUACAUAUGAGAACUGGACAUAUCAAAAGUGGACAUAUGAUAACUGAACAUAUGAAAAAUGUACGUAUGAGAACUGGACACUUGAGAACUGGACAUUUGAGAACUAGACAUAUGAGAACUGGACAUAUGAGAACUUGACGUUUAAGAACUGGACAUAUGAGAACUGGACAUAUGACAACUGGACUUAUGAGAACUGGACAUAUGAGACUUGACCAAAUGAGAACUGGACAUAUGAGAACUGUACGUUUGAGAA